CUCCAGACGCUCGAGAUGAUUCUGCUGAGGUUUACGUGCGCCGUCAUCACCAGGGCGCUCUUCAUCCUCGUGUCUCUCACCGGGGUCUGGAGAGUGGCCUGGGUCAAGGAUGACAAGAUGUUCUGGCUUCUUACUUUUCUAUUGCUACCUCUAGUUUUAGAGAUGAUCAUUACACUUGAGAGGAGGAAGGGAAAGGACUACAAAUGGUUUUCUCCUCCCAUCUUCCUGUUUCUGAUCAGUAUAAUUCCAUCCAUUUGGUUGUUAGAGCUGCACCACCAGCAAAACAAAGCUACUGCUCGAGAGUGCAAGUCUCUAGACUCCUGGGAAAAUGUGCAGAAAUUGAUUCCAAACAAUAAUUCUUUGAACAUAAGUCAAGAUUUCCUCAAGAGCAUUGAACAGGCCGUUUCCUCCGUCUGUCUCAACGACUGGAUCCUGGCUCUCCAUCAGAUCCUGCUCAUCCUCCUUAUCAUCGGGAAGUGGCUCCUUCCAGCCGGAGGCGUCACACGGGAACAGCUGUCCCAGCUCCUGCUCAUCUUCGUGGGGACGGCCGCGGACAUCCUGGAGUUCACCAGUGAGACCCUCUCGGACGUGAAAGAAAACAGCUCUCAGCUCGUCUAUAUCAUCCUGGCCGUGUGGACCUGGAGCAUGCUGCAGUUUCCGUUCCAUUUUGCCGUGGUGAACACGGAGCCCGACAGCGAGGAGGGCGUCCAGGAGAAGUCCCUGUUGAACCAGCACAGCACCGACGUGUGGGGCAUCGUGGAGGCGCUGUUCAUCCAGGACGGGCCGUUCCUCGUCGUGCGUCUCACCGUCAUGAUCUUCUUCGACGUCUUUCACCAAAUGCUCGUCUUCUUCACCAUCAAGAACCUGCUGGUGGUCAUCCUAAACCUGUACCGCCUGGUGGUCAUAUGUCAGGACUUCAGGUCAUCCCGCAGCGGGAUCGGUGAGGCCACACCUUUACCUUGAUGGAACGACACUUCCUGUUAGACUGAUGACAUCACGGCGUUCUGCACGUCAAUCAUAUUUAAUACAGAUUUAAUACAGAUGGAGGCAGCUGGAAUGAAAACAUCAAUUAUGGUAAAAUGAGUGUUGUUCCGAUACCAUUUUUCUGGGCUCU